AUGAAGACUUUUUCCCGGCCAUUGUUGAGUCUUGUUCGUAAUGGCAAAGCUUGGGUAUGCUCAUCUUGUGCACAAAAGACCCGCCGCAAUGUCCUCACGCCAUCCUUCAAACCGUCCAUAAUCAGCCGGACCAUAUCCAAUCCCUCGAAACCCAGACAAAGUGUUGCGCCAACGAUGGAGCAAUUGCGAGCGCCUUUCCAUAAGAAGAAUGCUUCAACAUUAUACUACACUCUCAGUAUUAUCUUAGGGACUGUGGCCUUUUCGUAUGGUUCUGUGCCAAUGUACAAAAUGAUCUGCCAAACCACAGGCUGGGGAGGCCAACCGAUUAAAGCACCUGGCCAUGGAGGAAGUGAUGAUGGCGGCGACCCCUCUACUCGACUCAGACCAGUUACAUCUGCCAAACGCAUACGCAUCACCUUCAAUGGAUCUGUAUCGGAUGUCAUGCCCUGGAAAUUCGUUCCGCAACAACGUGAAGUACGGGUCCUUCCAGGGGAAACAGCUCUGGCAUUCUAUACCGCGACAAAUCGAUCAGACGAUGAUAUCAUUGGGGUAGCGACAUACAGUGUGACGCCUGCGCAGGUGGCUCCAUAUUUCUCAAAGAUCCAGUGUUUUUGCUUUGAGGAGCAAAGGUUGAACGCAGGGGAGACGGUGGAUAUGCCCGUGUUCUUUUACAUCGACCCGGACUUUGUCAAUGAUCCGAAUAUGAGAGGUAUCGAGCAAGUUACGUUAAGCUAUACGUUCUUCAAGGCGAGAUACGAUAAUAACGGGCAACUGAAACCGUAUGCAUGAGCAAAAUUAUGUCGUAUGUUCUGUAGCAUAUGCAUUGGGUGGCGCUGGGAAACAAACAU